AUUGUUUUUUUAUUUGUCCCCUAAUUACCCUUUGAAUUUUAUUAUUGAUUUUGAUUGUUGGGUUUUUCUCGUUUCGCUUAAAUUUCUCAAUCCUCUUUUAAGUAUGAUUUUAGGGUUCUCUACGAUUGGAAGUUGAUUAGUGGAAAUCUAAUUGAUUGGGUAUCUUAUUUCUUUUGGAGACCUGGGAUGGCGACUGAAUGACGGUGGUGUUUUAAGCUGAUUUCAUAAACUUUGCCCUCUGGUUCCAUUGGAUGUUGAACCAUAUUAAUGAUGGACAAAGGGCGGCAAUGAUUGAAGUCAGAUGAAAAUCCAGGAGAUUGGUGUUAGUAGAGAGGCUGAAGUUAUUAUUACUAAUGGCUCUGAAGUCUAUAGCGAUUUUGGCGGUUUCUACGGUGUUAAGUUUUGUAGGUCUUCAGUUUUGGACAGAUUUGUCACUAGAUAAACUUAAAUCAGAUGGACUAAUUGGCUGGAAUUCAGUUCACUUGGACAAUGUCGACGAUGGUAAUGAGUUACCUUUGGGUUUGUAUACCACCAUAGGGUUACUGACGAAUUGCAUGAUCAAUGUAUUUGUCCUUCUCAAUCUUUGUCUCAAGGCUAUGUUUUUCGCAGAGUUGUAUCCUUCUGAAACUCGUAAGCUGAUUGAGCGUCUUGUUAAUUAUGUUAUUUACAAGGGGACAUUUCUUCCAUUGAUUGUGCCACCAACACUUUAUCAAGCAGGUCUUUGGUCAACAUGGUUGGCUGUGCUUUGUUCUUUGAAGAUGUUUCAAGCUUUGGCUAGAGAUCGAUUGGAGCGGCUGAAUGCAUCUCCGUCAGCCACACCGUGGACAUAUCUUCGUGUAUAUUCAGCAUUGUUAUUCAUUUUCUUGGUUGAUGUUCUCUGGAUAAGGCUUUGUCUUGCAAUAUAUAGAACACAUGAGUCCUCUAUGUUUCUGUUACUAUUCUUUGAGCCUUUAAGUAUUGCUUUCGAGACCCUACAGGCCCUAUUGGUACAUGGAUUUCAGUUGCUUGACAUAUGGAUCCAUCAUUCAGCUUGCAGUAGCAGUGAUUUCCGAACACCUAAACUGCUUGACACAUUAACCGCAGGUUCUUUAUUGGAAUGGAAGGGAAUUCUUAUCCGGAACUUGGGAUUUUUCCUUGACAUGGCAACAUUUUUUAUGGCACUUGGUCAUUACUUGUAUAUAUGGCGGCUUCAUGGCAUGGCUUUCCAUCUCGUAGAUGCAGUGCUAUUUCUAAAUAUACGUGCUUUGCUUAGUGCAAUGAUAAAUCGCAUAAAAGGCUUUACUAGGCUAAGGGUAGCUCUAGGAGCACUUCAUGCAGCUCUUCCUGAUGCAACAACCGAGGAGCUAAGAGCAUAUGAUGAUGAAUGUGCUAUUUGUAGGGAACCUAUGGCUAAGGCUAAAAAGCUAAACUGCAAUCACCUCUUCCAUCUUGCAUGUUUGAGAUCUUGGUUGGAUCAAGGCCUGACUGAGAUGUAUACUUGUCCAACGUGCCGAAAGCCACUUUUUACAGGCCAGCCUGAAAAUGAAACAAACACAAGUGCAGGAGUAAUAUCGAGUGACGAGCAACUUGCGCGUCAAAUGAGUGCAGUAUUUGAUCGUCAAAACUCUGCUAGACAAACCAUGCCUGCAGGAUUGUUUCCAAAUCAGACAAUGAACAACGCCGAAGGUGUUUCUUGGAGGGGCGCAGGAGUGGAUUCAAGUUGGUUGCAUUCUUGGCCAAACCAGGGCGUCGAUGGAGCCGGUCCAUCUACUGCUAUCAGAACAGUAGGUCUCGGAAGAGUUCAAAUGAUGAUGAGACAUCUUGCAUCUGUUGGAGAAACCUAUGCUCAAACCAGCUUCGAUGAAGCUUCUUGGAACGUUUGGCCUAUUAAUCCGUCUCAAGCUUCUGCGAGUGGUCCGAGUCCGACCGUUCCUUCUCCUGCGGGAAGAUUGCCAGGAGGAAAUGGUGGUUUACAUAUAAGGACCGCAUCACGAUCUGCAAAUGAUAAUGUAGCAAAUGUACUUGCUAUGGCUGAGACUGUUCGGGAGGUUCUACCUCAUAUUCCAGAUGACAUAAUAUUCCAGGACUUGCAGCGGACAAAUUCUGUGACAGUUACUGUGAAUAAUCUUCUCCAAAUGUGACUUAAUUAAGGUUUUAUUUUGAUCAUCAAUUAUUAAUUUGAAGGACUUAGAGAUCUCUACAAUUGUUGUCCUUGGAGAGGCAUAGGCAUCAUUUUCAUGUAUAUAGAGUCAGCACAUUAAAAUAUAUGUUGUACUCAAGAAAGAUAGCAGAAAAAUAUAUAUAGGCUUUUUCUUUCUCCUGUAUGUUCUUCACCUUGAGUCAUGAUGAAUGCAUUCUAAUAAAUGUGGUGGUGUAUUUCCCUAAGAUGGGUAAGUUCAUUUAUGUCAUUGUUCCUUUUUCAAUUAAUUGUAAUUGUAAUUGUAAUUGUUUGAAUUUGCUGCUAUCUCAAAUGAUGCGAUUCAAUUCGGUUCA